AACUCUGAACCGCUUCAAUUUUAAACGAUAAAAUUAUGUAGACUGUCAAAGGGGACAAAUGGCGAGCAAAUUCAAGCAAGCUGAGAAGCAGAAGCGCGACGUUUGGUGCCGUCGCCUGGUCUCAGCGUACUUGCCAGGUCUUCAGAACCAAGACCCAGCCAACUUCAACAUCGCGUUCUCAUACGUCUCUCAAAACUUGGAAGAACUCGCUCCCGAUGCGAACCCCAGGGAUGCUGAGGACUGGUUUGGCAGCCUGGCGCGGCGCUGCGAGGAGGACUCGCAGCUUGCCAAAGCGCAGCGUAUCCGCCAGCUCGUCACGGAGAUAAAGGGCCUGGGAAUUAAGAGUGACUACCACGAGCCGGAGUCGCGCAUCCUGCACCUUCUGGUCGCUCUGGCUGGCAGGCCCAUGGAGUCCGACCCAGAUCACGCGGCGGCGCUGGCGCGGCGCGUGCGGGAGCAGCGACUGGCGGAGGAGGAGGCGGUGGCGGUGGCGCAGGCGCGUGAGGAGGCCGGAAUUAUCGCCGAGCUGCGAGCCGGCGAAGAGGAUGACGAGGAGGCAUACGAGGAUGAUGAGGACGACGGGCGGCACAGGCGCGGCGGCUACGGGUCGGACUCAACGCUGAGCGAGUGGAGCGACGCCGAGGAGGGGCAGGAGCGGGAGAUGCAGCAGCAGUACCGGUGCGGGCAGGACGCUGCAGCUGCAGCGGCGACCAUGACGGCGGCAGGGGCGGAGGAUGGGGCUGGGCGUGCGUGGCCGCACGAGCAGGCGCACUCGCACGGGCUCUUGCCACCGGCGAUGACGGCCGCCGCACCACAGAGGCGUGUGCCGGCGGUGCUUCCAGACCCCUCGCCGGCUGUGGGCCGUUCGCGGCUGCCGGCGGCGCCCGAGCUCGCGCCGCCGGGCAGCCUGCGGGCGCGGCUGGUUGCGGCGGCGGGGCUGCCGGCGGCGGUUGCGGGCACGACGCCACCCCUGGCGCGCACCCUGUUGGCGCUGCUGGCGGCGCUGCAGGGCCGGGGCAGCGAGGUGCUGCCCUGGGACGCCGCCGCCGCCGCCUUCGUGCCGGCCGCCGACGCCAUGGCCCUGACCGCCGACGUGUCGUACGGGGCCAUGUGGGCGGCGCUGCGGCCGCUGCUGCGCGCCGCCACCGCCGUGAGGCGCCUCGACGACUGGGUGAACGCCUGCCUGGGGCGGGCGGCAGCUGGCGGAGGAGGAGCGGGAGGAGGAGCAGCAGGGGCAGGGGCGGCAGAGGGUGUCCCGGUGCCGCUGUGGCUGCUGCGAGUGGCUGGCUACAAGGGGCUGCGGGGGGCAGCGGCAGGCCGCGGCGCGCCGGCGGUGCGGCUGGUGGCUGGGCCCACACUGACAGCACUCCACCAGGCAGUGAGCUCCUGCAUCUACGUGCUGCGCACCAGCCUGGUGGAGCUGGAGCAGCGCAUCACCACCGCCGCCGUGGCCGCAGCCACCUCCACCUCCCCCACCUCCACCUCCUACAUCUUGACCGGCUUCUCCAGCGUGGCCCCCAGCAGCAGCGGCGCUGCGCCGGCGCCUCCGCUGCCGUCUGUGUACGAGCUGCUGCUGAGCUGCCAGCCCUUCAUGCGCCGCGCCGCCGGACUGGUGGGCGCGUACCACGAGGUGGCCCGGCCGCUGGUGGCGGCGCUGGUGGCGGCGCAGCCGCCGCGGCCGGCGGCAGCUGCUGCUGCAGCGGCGGCGGCUGCUGCAGCGGCGGCUCAGGCAGCGGCAGCUCAGGCAGCGGGAGCUGCGGGCGCUGCUGGAUCGUUGGCGGCGGGUGGUGCAGUGGGAGCCGGGGCGGCGGCGGCGGUAGCGGCGCGCUCCCCGCAACUGCAGCUCCAGCUCCAGGCGGGGGUGGUUCUGCAGCAGCUGCAUGCGCUCAACGAGAGGGGCUGGCUGGACGGCGUGUUCAGGCCCCUGGACUCGCACGCGCACCGCAGCCUGCUGCUGUACCUCUACCUGUCCGCACUGGAGCCGCUCCUGGACGGGCUGGGCGAGUGGCUGUGGGCCAGCGGCACCUCCGCGGCUACAGCCACUGCCACCGCCACUGCCAGUGCUACAGCCUCUACCGGCACUGCUGGUGCCGCGCCUGGCGGGGCUGGUGGUGGUGGUGCGGGUGCUACUGCAGCUUGGCUGGCAGGGGAGGGCGGGGCUUCAGCAUGCGGCUGCGAGCUGCCGGCUGACUUCUUCAUUGUGCGCGGCGGGCAGCCGGGUCGGGAGGUGCCGCCCGACCACCCCUCGUUCUGGAGGGAGGGCUACUUGGCGCUGAGGCGCCCAGAGCAGGCGGCGGCAGCGGCAGCAGCCGGAGUUGGGGCGUUGCCGGUCACGGGGCCGGGAGCGGGGGCGGAGGCCGGUGUGGCCGAGGGGGUUGCGAGUGCUGGCGGCACUGCUGGUGCUGCUGGUGUUGGUGUUGGCGCAGGCGGUGGUGGCGGCGGGUACACGUGCCCGCCCUUCCUGGAGCCGCUGGUGGCGAGCAUCAUGGCCGCAGGCAAGUCGCUGCGACUGCGACAGCGCGAGACGGACAGCCUAGAGGCCGCCGCGGCCGCCACCGCCGGCGCCGCCGCGCCCGGAUACGGCGCCGCCGGCAUGCCGGUCCUGGAUCCCGUCGAGCUCGAAGAGUCGUACGCCAUGUAUGGAUUGGAUCCGGUCAACGCCACGUCAGCACAUGGCGGCGGCGCCGCCGCCACCGGUCCUGGUUUUGGGCUGGACGGCGGCGCUGCUGCCGCAGCCGGCGGCCCGGGCGGCCUAGGCGGCGGCCGCGACCUCAAGCGGGGCAUCAUGGAGCGCCUGCUCGAGUACAUUGCUCCCGCUCAGGCAACUGUAGGGAGCAGUGGCGGUGCGGGCGGCGGCGGCGGCAUCAGUGCCGGCUGCUGGGGUCCUAUCUGGGACGCCGCGCCGCGCACGCCGCCACGCCCAGGCGCUGGCGGCAGCGUUGGCGGCGCCGCCCUGGCGGCGCUGCCGCCGCCGCCGGCUAGCGCCGCCGCCGCCUCGGCGCCGCCUGCGGCUGCGGGCUCCGUGGGCCCCGCCGGCGGCGCGGGCGAGCGCUGGAGCAGGUGGGCGACUGCCUCAUCACGGCUGCGGGCCAUGUGCCGGCCCGGCGCCCUGGUCGGCUUCGCACCGGAUGUCUCCUCCUCCUCCUCCUCCUCCUCAUGGGCCUUCUCCUCUGCCUCCUCGCAUAUGCGCCCGCCUUACGGCGCCUCCCUGCGGGGCCCGGGUGCUGCCGGCCACGGGCCCUCGCAGGCCCCCGCGCCGCUCCUGGCGGGUGGGCCGCAGCCGCACGGCGCCUCCUCGCCCACCACGCCGCUGGACGGCGGCGGCGCCCUGAGCGGAGCCAGCAGCCCAGGGGAAGAGCGCGAGCGGCGGCGGCAGCAGCAACAGCAGCAGCAGGCACAUGAAGGACGGCAGGCGGGGCGGGAGGAGGAGGACGAUGCGGCAGAGGCGGAGGCAGCGGCGCGGGCGGCAUGGGCGCUGCAGAUGCAGCAGCAGGAGGCGGAGCGGGGCGGGUGGUGGCCGAGCCGGUGUCAGGCGUUUGUGCAGCCGGCGGGGGCGGCGGCGGCCAGCGCGCAGGCGGCGAUGGGCAUGGAGCGUUGGGCCGGCGGCGGCAGUGGUGGCGGCCUGGCAAAGAGCAACCUGACGGGUCCCUGGCGCCGCAUGCAGCAGUUGCUCCGCGCCGGACCGCGCAGCCACCCCCCGCCGCUGUCAUCGUCCUUGCCAGCACCCUCCCGCCCCGGCGCGCCGGCUCUGGCCCCGCUGCUGCGGCUGCACCUGGCCCCCGCCAACCCCUACCAGCACCCAGCCAUGGAGCAGCUGCUGCUGCACGCCUGCGGCGGCGCCGCCGGGGACGGCGACGACGGUGGCCACGGCGGCGGCAGCGAGGCCUUGCAGAGACAGCAGCCACAGCCGCAGCAGAGUCAGCUGUUGGUGGGAGCAGUUGGGAGGAGCACUGCCGGCGGCGGCUGGGCAAUAGCAGCAGCAGCAGCAGGAGGCGGUGGAGGAGGCGGAGGAGGCCCGGCACUGGGUCUGCCGCACCCGCAGGAGCUGCUGCGGCGGGGGCUGGUGGAACCGCUGAUGGACCGAGUGGACCACAUCAACGACGCGCUCCUGCUGCGGCUGCUGGGCGGCUGGGGGCUGGAGGGGCGGCUGGCGGCGCUGCCGGCGCUGUUCGGGCUGUCCAGCCCCGCCGCCCGCACCUGGGCGGACGGGCUGGUGGCGGGGCUGCUGCGCGGCGGGCGGCUGGGCGAGACGCCGCUGGACGAGGGGCAGCUGGAGGCGGCGCUGCACGAGGCGCUCAACGCCGCUGCCCCUGAUGACCUCCUGCCGCCGCCCUCCAGCCUUACGCUGCAACUGGCGCCGCCGCCCGCAGCCGAGCCAGCCGCCGCGUCUGCACCCUCCAUCCCCGGCGCCGCACCCGACGCCCUCCGCCCGCACCCCGCCGCCCUGGCCGGCUCCCUCAAGGCCAGCCUGCGCGGCAGCGCCACCGGCCUCACCGCCGGCAGUAGCAGCGGCGCCGUAGGGAGUAGCAGUGCUGCCGCCGGCAGUAGCAGCCAGUUCCAAUCUAUCCGGGAGCUGGAGCGCUCUGUGAGUGAGCUGGAGCGGCUGCAGCUGGCGGUGACGCCCAGCUGGGUGGUGGCGCUGGUGGCGGACAGCAAGGCGCUCAGAGCGUAUGGGCAGGUGCUCGUCUUCCUGCUGCAGCUGCGCUGGGUGCGCGCCGCCCUGGACGCCGCCCACAAGAGCGCCUGUCUCGCCUGGCGCGGCGCCGCAGGCCGCCAGCACGCCAACGCAUUCCCGCCGUUGCGCCGCCCGCGUGGCACGCCUGGCCCCCUCCAGCGCAGCAACAGCCUCGGCGCGGCGCCGGCCUCUGGCGGCGGCGCCGGGGCCUCGCUGCCAGCCGGACCCCACCACCUCCACCAGCAGCACCCACAGCAGCACCGCGGCAGCUACUCGGGCACAGGCGGCCUCACGGGCCUCGCAGCGGACCGCCACGGCGGCGGCGCCGCCGCCGCCGGGGCCGGCGGGCUGCUGAUGCACAGCCAUAGCAGCGCCAGCAUCCUCGUCGCCGGAGGCGUCGGCGCAGCCGGCACCGGGCUCCGUGCCUCGGGCGGUGCGUUGCAUAACUCGCAGUCCCUUUCCGGCGCCGCCGCCGCCUCCGGAGGCGGCGGCGCCUCCGGCGUGGUGUUGAACGCGGCGCACCUGUCUCAGCUGGCGGCGAUGGUCCACUUCAUGGCCACACUGGAGCAGUGGGUGGUGGCGCAGCUGGUGCAUGAGGCCUGGCGCGACAUGGAGGCGGGGCUGGCGGCGGCACGCAGCCUGGACGACGUGUGCGCGGCGCACAGCGAGUACGCCAACACGCUGCUGCGCCGCUGCUUCAGACUGCCGGGUGACGUGGACAGCCGCAACGUGGGCGGCUCGCUGCGCAAGUGUCUGGACGGGGCGCUCAAGUUCGCAAACGCCACUGCAGCCAUGACGGGCGGCGCGGCCAAGGGUGCGGCGCAGUUGGGCCCCGCCGCGGUGAACCCGCUGCUGCCGGCGCUGGCCGCCGCUGCGGGCUCGGCGGCGGACCAGUUCAACAAGUCCCUCAGCUUCCUCAUCCGCUACGUGUCCGCCCGGGCACUGCUGAACCCCAACAGCGACCUGAGCGACCUGCUCAUGCGGCUCAAUUACAACGGCAUCUACAAUGACAGGUUCAUGUCGGAGGAGGUCAUCAAAAAGGCGGUGGCGUCAGCAGCCGGCGUGCAGGCGGGGCCGCCGGGCGGGGUGGCGGGCGCGGCACCUGCUGCUGGCGCCGGAGCCGGCGGCGCCCGGGGCGGCUCCACUGGGGGACGUGCGUAGACGAGGAGGCACGUGUGUGUAUGUGUGUGUUAUAAAGAGCACAAGGAAAACAUUGUGUGUGUAUGUGUUGUGGAGAGGCUCGAGCAGUUGUGGUUGCGAGAUGCGUGAUGAUGAUAGGUUUGAACGUAGGCAUUGAGACCUGAGUAUACCGGUGUGCCGGGCCAGUGAGCUCGCGUACAGAGCCCAAGAGCCGCAAAGCAAGCGCGUGCUUGGCUGCUUGUCGCCUCACCUGGCGCCCGGCGCUGUGAAUUUGGCUCUGAUGGGUUGGUUGGUCGGAAACUCGAGAUGGCUGCUGCUGUUGUGCUGCUCUUGUAACUCGACGGCGCC